AUGACUACUGCACCCACUUACGCCAACUCAACAACAACCUCGCACGCUUUAAUGCUGUUCAAGAAAGAUUGUAUUCUUUUCUCUGAACUGUGUAAACUCAGUGGAUUCAACAGCCUCAAAGAUUCCGUUUUCUACAACAUGAUAAGAUUUAAUGUCAACAAUUUGAAACCUUAUUGA